UUCGCCAUGCUGCGCUCCGCGCCGCCUGGCCGCUACCUGUACCCCGAGGUGAGCCCGCUGUCGGAGGACGAGGACAGAGGCAGCGAGAGCUCGGGCUCCGACGAGAAGCCCUGCCGCGUGCACGCGGCGCGCUGCGGCCUCCAGGGCGCCCGGAGACGGGCCGGGGGCCGUCGGGCGGGGGGCGGCCCGGGCCCCGGGGGCCGGCCGGGCCGGGAGCCCCGACAGAGGCACACAGCAAACGCGCGCGAGCGGGACCGCACCAACAGCGUGAACACUGCCUUCACGGCGCUGCGUACGCUCAUCCCCACCGAGCCGGCCGACCGCAAGCUCUCCAAGAUCGAGACGCUGCGCCUGGCCUCCAGCUACAUCUCGCACCUGGGCAACGUGCUGCUGGUGGGCGAGGCCUGUGGCGACGGGCAGCCCUGCCACUCGGGGCCCGCCUUCUUCCACGCGGCGCGCGCCGGCAGCCCCCCGCCGCCCCCCGCCCGCGACGGGGAGAACGCCCAGCCCAAGCAGAUCUGCACCUUCUGCCUCAGCAACCAGAGAAAGUUGAGCAAGGACCGGGACAGAAAGACGGCGAUUCGGAGCUAG